AUAGCGGAUCUGACGAUUUCUACAAGAAAUCGCGGGAUGAAAGUGAGAUUUCCGGUUCUAUUGAACUCACCAUGACGAGCAUGCGGAAGCGCCCCGUUCAGGCUGCCAUGCUAGCUAGGCUAACUCGCCACUAAGCUAGUCUGUAAACACGGUGGGGACUUGCGUCGCUGUUUUUUUAAUUUGUGUUCAUUUAUGAACGUUUAGUGAACACUUUAUGUGAAACGAUAACAACAAACAAGACGGGAAAGUAAUAACCGAAGCCCCUCGCUCUCGGUUGAACUCGCAAAGGCGACGUUUUUGGUGCGGCCGAGAUGUCCUCUUUCUCCGAGGCGGCUCUAGAGAAGAAACUGUCCGAGCUCAGCAACUCUCAACAAAGUGUCCAGACGCUGUCGCUGUGGCUCAUCCAUCACAGGAAACACUCCAAGACCAUCGUCAACGUUUGGUUCAACGAGCUCAUCAAAGCUCAGGUAUCGCGCAAGCUGACCUUCCUGUACUUGGCCAAUGACGUGAUCCAGAACAGCAAGAAGAAAGGACCCGAAUUCACGCAGGAUUUUGCGCCGGUCAUCGUUGACGCAUUCAAACAUGUCCACAGGGACGGAGAAGACGGCUGUAAGAAGCAUCUGGGUCGGGUGUUUUCCAUCUGGCAGGAAAGAGCCGUGUACGACAACGACCUGCUGGAGCAGCUCUCCCAAGUCCUCUAUGGUGACAAGAAGCCCAAGAAGAGGUCCUACGAGUCCAUCCAAGCUGAAGAUGAGGACUUUGCAUCCAGGAGUUCUCCAUCGGAACCCCCACAGACGUCCGAGUUGAUCCGAGCCCUCCAGGAGCUGGAGAACGCCACCUCGGGAGACUCGCUGCUGCAUCAGCGCAUCUCGUUGCUUCCCGACGAGGUGCAGGACGCGUCGCUGCUUCACAGGAUCACAGAUAAGGAGUCGGGGGAGCGCAUCUCCCAGCUGGUGGACGACGCCUGCAUGCUGCUGGCCGACUACAGCGGCCGUCUGGCGGCGGAGAUCGACGACCGGCGGCAGCUGACGCGCACCCUGACCAGCUUCCUGCAAAGCCAGAAGGACGGCCUGGUCCAGAACGAGCAGAAACUCGAAGAGUACAAACGCAAACUGGCCAGGGUGACUCAGGUCCGCAAAGAGCUGCGAUCCCGCUUGAACAAUCUCCCAGGUGGACUCCGCCACUCCUCAGCCUGAUGGAUACACACACACACACACACACACACACACUGGUCAACCGACCCCACGCUGGACCUUCCUUUUCAUGAAUUUCCCCACGCUUUAUUCUUUUAAAUGUUUUUGUCUUCUUGGCUUUUAAUCUUCACUGUUGAACGCAUUGCAGUAGUGCAUUAUAACCCCCCCCUCCCGAUCUACCGUCUCCCCCUAAUUCCCUUAAUCCAAUCUGGAUUAGCUGUACGUGUUCAUGAUACACUUGCACAGGAAUAUUUACAAACAAGACAAUGAGGUGGCGUGUGUACAUAACAUAACUUACAGUUGCAUGUAAAUAUCUAUAUUUGUAUUCAUGUCAGACUUCAUUACGCAAUUGCUUUUGGUUUUUUUUGUAUAUAUUAUCUGCUGGUAUUCAAAUAAAAACAUGAUGGACAAUGA